GACCACUUCCUGGUUGCACCAUGUGGGAGGGUAACAUGUGAGUGCUGGCUGCUGUGCAGUGCAGAGUGCAGGCUCAGAGGACACUAGCACACACACACAUAUCAGCAGGGACAGGCUGCCGUACUGACAAGAUGCAGGCUGACGGCAUAUUGCACAGUGGCUACUUCCACCCGGUUCUCCGCGCCUGGCAGGCUUCUGCCACCAGCCUCCAUGCCACCAAUCUCAUGUACCCCAUCUUCAUCACAGACAAUCCUGAUGCCGUUGAACCGAUUCACAGUCUGCCCGGGCAGGCCAGGCAUGGAGUGAACAAGCUGGAGCAGUUGCUGCGCCCCCUGGUGGAGGACGGUCUGAAGUGCGUGCUGAUCUUUGGCGUCCCUGGCAAAGUUGCAAAGGAUGAUCGAGGCUCGCAGGCGGACUCGGAUGAUACUCCAGCGAUCCUGGCUAUACGGAAGAUCCGCACCGUCUUUCCCCAGCUGCUCAUUACCUGUGACGUGUGUCUCUGCCCCUAUACGUCCCACGGACACUGUGGGAUUCUGCGAGAAGAUGGCAGCAUUCAGAACGAGACCAGCUGCCAGCGGCUGGCAGAGGUGGCAUUGGCUUACGCCCGUGCAGGAUGCCAUGUGGUGGCACCAUCUGAUAUGAUGGAUGGCAGGAUUGGCGCCAUUAAGAAGGCUUUGAUAUCCAAUGACCUAGGAAACAAGGUGUCGGUCAUGAGCUACAGUGCAAAGUUUGCCUCUUGCUUCUACGGCCCGUUCAGAGAUGCGGCACAGUCCAAACCUGCGUUUGGAGAUCGGAAAUGUUACCAGUUGCCUCCUGGUGCAAGAGGACUGGCCAGCAGGGCGGUGGACCGGGAUGUACGUGAAGGAGCAGACAUGCUUAUGGUGAAGCCGGGAAUGCCGUAUUUGGACCUUGUGAGAGAAGUGAAGGACAAGCACCCGGACCUCCCACUAGCUGUGUAUCACGUGUCAGGGGAAUACGCCAUGCUCUGGCAUGGCGCACAAGCGGGAGCCUUUGACCUGAAGGUUGCCGUACUGGAGGCCAUGACCGGAUUCCGGAGAGCCGGUGCUGACAUCAUUAUAACCUAUUACGUUCCCCAACUCCUCAAGUGGAUAAAAGAAUUGUAAUGGAAUCCUGGAAGCUGACGCAUUCUGCGACUGCGCUUGCUCUGUCGCUGGGCUCAAGUCGCCAAAUUGUAACUGGAAAUAUUGCUGGGAUUUAAUUCUAGUGUUUGUACUAUAGUUACAGUAGGUGUAGUAAUCCUAUCAUGCUGGCUGCAAAACAUCAAAGAUUCAUAAUGUCCCCUUGUGUUCAUGUAACCGAUAGGCUGCAGCUUAUCUGUGUUUUAUUUACACCUACAGACCUAUUCCAGACAUUUAUAUUCUUAGGCCCAGAUUUAUCAAGCCUUGGAGAGUGAUACAUUACACCGAGAUAAAGUACCAGCCAAUCAGCUCCUAACUGCCAUGUUACACGCUGUGUUUGAAAAAUGACAGGAGCUGAUUGGUUGGUGCUUUAUCACCGUGCUAUUUACCGCUCUCCAAGGCUUGAUACAUUUAGACCUUAGUGCGCAGACCAUAAUUGGUUUGCAAAACUUUUUAUUUUUCAUUUCCCCGUUUUUUUUGUUUUAUUUGUUUUAUUUUAAGAUUUUUUUUUUCCCCAUAUUACUUUUGUUAUCUGUUUUACGUAAGGACGCUGUACUGGCGGCAGCUGGCUUUACAGUAUUGCAUGUGGGUACAGUCGAGAGGUCUGGGUGCUAGCUUACAAAAAAAAAAACAGCUUCUGUACCCAUGGCAAUCAAUCAAAUGUUGAUUUCUCUACUUUAUUAAAUGAUCAUGUGGUUUUGUUGCUAUAGAUUACAGGGCUCCCUGAGCACCAGUUUUCAUCAAUGUCUUGUUUAUCGAAUAGAACCGUGUGACCGUGUUUUAGCUUUAAAUUUAAUAGAUUUGUCCUGGGGCACUUGUUGUUCCAAAACAGCUGGAGACAGAUCCCCCUACCUCCAUACCCCCCACCCCGGUCUUAGAUUAAGGUUUGAUAACCUUGUCCAAAGGAAUUGCCAACACUUCCUAUUUCACAUGUCGGGUCAUCUGGAAAACCUGCUAUAAGUAAAUAGCACAGUCUCUAGUCUGUGUAAUGCUGCGUGAUCUAGUGUAAUUAAUUGCAAGUUAUUACUGGCCCCCACAAUUGAAACACAAGUGUAUUUUCUGUCGCUACAUCAGAUUCCUCCUAGUUUCCCAGAAUGCUUCACUUCAAUGGUCAACAUGGCCCCUCAGACUAGAACAUCUUAGGCUACAGUGAUCAAAUACCUGAGCCAUUAAACGCUAUGGAGGCGACUAAUCUUUGCAGCAAGAGAUUGUCCCCAAACAAAACUUGUCUUCUAUAAAGUGUAUUUUUGUUAGUGCAAACAAAUUCAUAACAGCGCAGGGAAAUGAGACCAGAAUGUCCAUCUUUGUUAUGGAAAUCCAUCAAAGAGCCACUAAUCCUAACAUGCAAAUUGAAUUCUCUAAAAUGGCAGUGAGGACAUCCACAAAUCAAUAUGAAGGUGCCCAUACACAUUGUGAUAAAACAGCUGAUACGAGGGGGAAUUAUCCCGAUAUUGCACAACACGACCUUGAUCGGAAAGUGACCGUGGAUCUGCCAAUGUGUGACCAGCUGAAAAGUUCCAGGAACUUAUCAGAAAUCGGAGUAUUUGAUAGGAAGUUGCGAUCUCGGAGGUAGAUAUUUUCCUGCACACGGCAGGUUUCCGGUCUGUAAUACUAUUUGCAUGACAACGCAGUCGGCCUAUGUAAAUAUAAUUUCACGUGACAUCUAGUUAUGUGACCCUUAUAUAUAUCAUAAUGGCCCUGCAACCCGCUGUACAAUGCCCAGUAAUCAUGGCAUUGCAUAGUGCGCGGGGGAGACCACAAUGAAUCACACCACACCACGUCCCCCACUUCACUGACCUGGUUGCCUUCUCCCAGAAGUCAGAAAGUAUGGUUAUUGGCAGGUCUUACAUGGCACUUGUAUAUUGGGUUUAGUGUUCCGCUGAGGUGCAGGUGGAUUUCACAGCCCUUUUACAGCUGAGGUUUCCUUUUUAAUAUUUUUACAUUUUUGUCUGUCGACCGAUCAGCUCUAUAUGGGAGUCAGUGGCUCAGACAUGAAGCGUGGUCUUGUGACUAGUAAUGUCACCCAGCCUAUAAUGUAGUUUAGGGAUAUAUACAGCCCUCUGGAAGGAAGAUUUCACCCCAAUUCGCAUUUUUAAGGUUUAAUUUAAAAAACGAUUUUAUGUGUUUUGUGUGUUUUUAUCUAGUUUGUAUAAAUAUGCCUUUAACCCGAAGUGUUCUUAGCCAGACGGAGGCGAUGACGACGAUUGGUUUGUCUUGAUCUAUGUGUUUCUGACGAGACUCAGCGGUGCCACCAAUUUUUAAGUUUAUUUUCUCUAACGUCCUAGUGGAUGCUGGGACUCCGUCAGGACCAUGGGGAUUAGCGGGCUCCGCAGGAGACAGGGCACAUCUAAAAAAGCUUUUAG